GACCAACAAUAUAGCCUAAUUUAGUCGGUGCUGAUACUAAAUGUCGACCAAGAAGUUUAAUAAUAUUCUGUUCUUGUUUUUACUAGUCACGUCAUUGUCUUGAUGUAAAAAAUUCCCCUAUUUAUGAAACAAAUAUAACUUAAUUUCUAAUCGUGCCAUAACAUUAAUUUUAGAUUUUACUAAGAUUUAGCACAUUUUUGUUCUUAGUCAAACACAACAAAUAUACCAAAGGAAUUUUAUGUUGCAUUUAUUUCAAGUCAGCAGCAAAAAAAAACCAGCAAAGCAUUUUAUGUUGUUUAACUUACAUGUCAAGUGUUUAGGACAUACAGCCCCUGUCCUGAAAACUAAUACAAGGUCAGGAUCUGACAGGACUCAAAUCAGAUGGUGACAAUUGUGUCCUGACCUACUCUACCUUAUGACUUAAACCCUGCCAGAACUUUGUAUUUAACUUAGAUUUAGACUAUUAACAAUGGAUCAACAAAUCUAUGAGCUAUGGCAAAAAGUCAGCUCUCUCACUACGGAAGUUUCAAAGUAUGCAGAUAUGACUGACAAUAUUAACACACUCAAUGAAAAUGGAGACAAAGUGAAAGAAAAAGCCAAGUCCAUCAUCAAAUAUAUGCAUAACCAUUUAGAUGCAUUUUACAUGCAACUGGAGAGGACAGUGAAAAAUAUUGUUGGCCAGAAAAAAGACUUGCUAGAAUAUCAUGCUUUUGAGAUUGAACAAUACGAGACCCAGGUCAAGUCUUUAAGUAAAACAGCUGAAUGCUAUUUAAAAGGGACUAAUGUAUACAUUUCACAAUAUGGGCCCAAGUUAAAAGCAGAACUGGAAUGCUGCAUUGAACAGGCCAAGGAAUUCAAUGCCAUAGAUUAUGAUACAUUUAUUUCAUUAGAGCUAGAAGAUAACUUAAAAGAAAUGUUCAAAGUGUUGUUUUGCAAUAUAGUUAGCAUCAACAAGUAUAACAAAGAUGAAAAGCAAGUGUUGGAGUCCUUCUAUCUUGACAGCUCCAUUCAUUUAAAAGAUGUGGCUCCUGUUAAAGUAGAAGUACCUUCGCCUGACAGGUCCAGUAAUAUCUCUGCUGCUGAUUUAAACAGUAAUGUGAUUGCCAAACCCCUGAACAGGAAUUAUAAUUACAGUAGCAUAAAAACUGAAACAAUGCCAUUAAAAGAAAACAAUAAUUUGUUAGUUGACACUGCUUCAUCAUUACCUGUUAGUACACAUGCCGCUGCGCCAAGUGAAGGAAAAAAGAACUUAAAUAAAACUAGCCCUUCGUCAACUCGUUCAAACAUUCAAUAUUGUAAAGAUUUAGAGGUUGAAGAUCCACCAAAGCUAGUUGUAUUUACCCCAUCUCAUUUUUUUAGUAAAGAAACGCUUUCAAACUUCUCCACUUCAAAACCAAGUCAAACUGGGGCUAGUGCAAAGUCGUGCCCUGUUAAUGAUAUCACACAAAGCAUCUCUGCUUGCAAGAUAUCAGCGAACUCAUUUGUAAACCAAUCCUCUGCUGCUCCUCAAGCCUUACCUUCAGAAUCUCAUCAAAUAAAACCAUCUAUUGGCCAAAGCAAUUCAAAGUUGCAAGUCUUACCUUCAGAAUCUCAUCAAAUAAAAUCAUCUAUUGGCCAAAGCAAUUCAAAGUUGCAAGUCUUACCUUCAGAAUCUCAUCAUCAAAUAAAACCAUCUAUUGGCCAAAGCAAUUCAAAGUUGCAAGUCUUACCUUCAGAAUCUCAUCAAAUUAAACCAUCUAUUGGCCAAAGCAAUUCAAAGUUUGUGAGAAAAAUAGUGGGCCAAGUGAAAGAAGAGACAAAACUAUUAGAUUCAUAUUGCUGUAAUGGAGAGCCCAUAUCUAUGGAUUUUGACAUCACUAGUUGCAUGAAUACAUCAGUUAGUAGUGCUAGUGAAAUCAAGGCUCAGCUAAUAGACAUAAUUCAGGAUGAUAGUAAUAAGUUAUUUAACCAUCCUACUGGCCUCACUGUCACCGUUGAUGGGAAAUUAAUAGUGACAGACACUGGCAAUAACCUAGUCAAGGUCUUAGAUGACAGGAAAUUAGUGUUGAGCUUAGGAGAAAAUGAUGGUAUUGAUUUUCAUCGACCUUCAGCAGUAGUGUCUGACACAUUAGGAAAUAUCUAUGUGAAAGAUGAUCGUUGUAUUCGAAUGUUUAACUGCAGGGGAACUCAUCUCAGGACUGCUGGGAAAGGGGACCUUUACUUCCCAUAUGGUUUAUCUUUGACCAAAAAUGAAGAGGAUAAUGUCCUUGUUUUGGUGGAUGUGUCCAAGAGAACUCCAUCAGUCUACCACUACAGUAUCAAUAAAGAUAGACUAAUGUCUUACAGAUACAUGCCCCUGGUUCAGUUUGCUUUACCAACAAGUAAAGUCCGUUUUCUGGCCACUUACAAGAACCUUUUGCUGGCCAGCGAUUUGGGUUCCAGUUGCAUGUUUUUGUCCUCUAUAACUGGAGAAAGUAUUCGCAACUUUGGUAGUUUUGGCAGCCAUGCUGGUAAUUUCAAAGAGCCUUCAGGAGUAACAGUUGAUUGUGCAGGCAAUUGGAUUGUUGGAGACAGUAAAAAUAACCGACUUCAGGUAUUCAACAAAGAUGGUGAUUUUCUUGGACAUAUCAAGCUGUCAUACUCAAUCCGUCGACCAUCUGGGAUUCAUUUGACCAAUGAUGGUCAUCUGUACAUCAUUAACUAUCUGGACAGUGAGAUUUUAAAGUUUAAACUUUACAAAUAAAACAUUUUUUUUUCCUUGAAAAAGUAGUUGCUGGUUUGGAUCAGAUGUUAGGGUUAAGCAUAGAAAUGUUCACCAGCCUUUUGUUUGACUUUGUUUCAACACAACUUUAUACAAUCAGUGGAAAACAAUGUAUCAUGCAUUUGUACAAAUAUUUUCUUCUUUUUCAAUUACUAGUCAUGUACUAGUCUUGAACCCUUUGUGCAAAUAUUUUCUUGUUUCAAUUACUAGUCUAGUGUUUCUUAAAUGUCACUCAUCAUUUUUUAUGAGGGCCUGUUGGAAAAAGUAGACUUAUUUCUACUGUAUAUUAAGAUAUAUCAACAACAUUCUUGUGAAUAAGUUUCAUAAAAAACAAUGUAGUAACUUGAUUAGAAAAUGAUUUUUCGCUACUCACUUUGCCUGGAAAAAUUGUAUAAAUAUUUUUUUUUCCCAUUUGAAAUGUUUUUACGUAAUAUUUUAGAGAUAUAAUGAUGUUCGGUUUGGAUAAUUGACUCAAAUUUGAAUUAUUUUGAGGAUGUAACAUUUGGAUGUGUGUUUUUGAAUCCAUUUGACUCCUUGCUUAUUUUAUUUUCUAUUUACAAGAGUAAAAACAUCUGUUGACAAAGGUAAGUUGCUGUCAAACUGACAGUGACAUAUGUUUUAAGACAUCUAAACAUAGUGACUUCAUUGUUUUAAAUUUCAAUGUUUGCUUCAUGGAUUGAAGCUUUAAAGGUUCUCUAUGAAACUGGACUCAGCCUUUAGAAAAGACAAGCUUCUUGUAUCCAUACAUUGUAAGUUUUAUUCACAACUGAUGGAAAUAAUUUUGUCAUGGCAAUGCUCAGUUAGCAUGUUGUGGAACAUGAAAAGAGUGUAUACAAUUAUGUUUGUUUAAGUUUAUAUCAUCCUUUGAAAUGUAAAUUCCUUUUUUCUUUUUUUAGAGCCGAUGAAUGAUGAAUAGUUAGGAAUUAGCAAUGUGAUAAAUAGUAGUUCAGAAAAAUUUCACUCUUACAUAAAAAUGUUUUCUCUAAGCACAGUUAGAAGUACUUCUAUAUAAAGUGUUGAGAGUAAUCUCAAUUUUUAAAGUGGAGGUUAUUCUUUUUCAAAGUGACUAGUUGAAUUUAAAUUAUUAGCUUUACUGGCACUCAGAAUUAUUGUAUACAAUUGUAAUACUUUAAAGAUAUAUAUGUAUUUAUAGGAGUGGACAUACGUAUGUUUCAAAAAUUACAUUCAAUCAAUUAGACAUAGGUUUAAUUUUGAUACUUAGGAAAGCAUAGAAUAAAAAACAAACCGGAAAUUGUCCUUUAAUUGCAAAAUUAUUUAUAACAAUCUUUAUCUACCAUAAGGUGUCUGUAUAUAAACAGCAAGUAUUAUCUGAGAUUGAUAUGCUAUAUUAGCCUUAGCCUUUGUUUGCUUCUUAGUCUUAGCCUUAAGUAGUACAUUACCAGUUAUUCUCCUUGUCUCUUUAGACGUUUCUCCUCAUGUCCUGCAUAUGUACAGAAUUUCAAUUUGUAUCUUGACUUUUGAAGUAAGAACUUUUUCUUUUUGGGCUGGGUCUAACAGUUCACACAUUAACUAUUACUACAAAAAGCAAUGACAAUUUUAAUUGGAGAUGGUUUUUCUAUGCAUGGUACAGUUUAAUACUGUCUGGUGCUGUGAUUUUGAUCAACAAUUAUUAUUUUAAAGGUUUUAUGUUGCUAUAUCAUUUUAAGAUUACCUUUAGCCUUUUGCUUUUAUCACUUGUAACGUUUUCUUUUUGUUCUUCCAUCGCCAGUUACUUUAUUGGUUUAAAUGCUUUCCAUUACGCCAGUUCUAACACUUUGAAUUCUUGUUUCUUAUUGGUGUGGAUGUUGUUGACAUUAUUUCCAGAUGUUGUUCUUUUUUUAAUUAUGUUCAUCUUCCUUGGCUUUGUAUUUAUUGUGCUCCGCCGUUCUUUGCAACAUUCGCCUUCUCUCUGAGCUUGCACACACACAGAGUAAUGUUUUCAUUUGUUUUAGAAGUUUCUGACAUUCCUUCUGAAAUGAUUAUGUCCUGCAGAGGAUGGAAGCGGGCUGGGCUCGAAUUUUAGAGAACCAUCCUGAUGACAGGGCUUAGCACAGGGCAAGGCAACCAUACAAUUCUAUAUCUAUUGAAGCGCGAGGUUGUACUGACUAGAUUUACUAAGUUUUUUUUAAUAUGUAAGUUGUUGGUUUUUUUUUGUUUUUUUUUUAAGGCAGGUACCAGCAUUAUAUUGUAAUAAACAAAAAUUGAGUCACUGUUCUGAAAAUAUUUUAUUUGUUAUGCUUUUUUUUAUAGACUAAGAUAGAAAGCAUUUUUGAAAUACACUGUUAAUUAGGUUUGAAGAUUGCCCUAGCAUUUAGAACAGGAGGUUUGGUUACAAUUCUAGUUGGGUUUUUAAUAGUUUCUUUAUUGGUUUUGUUUGUGUUGCUGUUUAUUCUAAGUUGAAUUGUUACUUUAGGAGAAGCUGCCUGUGUUGGGUCUUCCUAACUUGUUCACUCUUCCUUUAGUGUUAACUAGAGCUUGUUAAGUCAGCAAGCUGAGAUAUUUGUAUUGGCCUAACAAGCACAUGAUGUUCUGUACCACACAGCUGUAGGUGUACAUUGGUUUACUGACAAUGAAUUACUUAUUGUUUGAAUAAAAUAAUUUCCAAUACA